CAGGUUCCUCCAAGAUCUGCGUGACGCGUAUCUUUCACAUUGCAAUUGCGGAUUGUUUCCACGACAAAUCGUUAUCCGUUGGGAUUAACCAAAACGUGGAAGACUUUGUCCUAGGUCAGGCAGGAGGUGAAAAGGCUACCCGCCUUCAUCCACCACACUCCAAAUGCUCAACGAGCUCACGCUAGAUAUGACAAGGCGAGAUGCUCUUGGACUGAAAUGAAAAGCGUGAUGCGAUCUGGGAUAUCCACCCCACGAUACACUGCAGAACAGCCAGAUAAGGUCGAUCCGUGGCUUCCCACCACUAUGUAGCAGUGGUUGCUAUCCAAGAACUAAUGACUUGUGGAGCUGGAAACAAAGGGCAUUCGAAAAGCUGAAAAGGGUGAAUAGGUGGUUACUAUUCCAUCAGGAUCUUCCUCUUCUUGCUCCUCUCAAUGUCCUUCAUGUCGUCAUGAGCUGCAUACAUGUUGUCGCACAACAUUGACGAGGAAACAUCGAAGGAGGAGCUGAGAAGCGUAAAAACGAGAGGACGUGAUUCACAACGCGAAUGUCUUGCUUGCGAUGGGGGUCAAAAACUUGCAGACAGACAACCAAAGUUUUAGGUGGAAGGCAAUGAUGGCAGUGCUAAAAUAGCGACUGCUUUAAAUAAGUCCUGCCGCCAUGGACACUUCACCUCAUGCUCCGGGUUAUGAGCUUCUCUCGUAGACAUGGAUUUGAAUCAGGUGUGCUCGAAGGCACAGAGGACACUUUCUUGUUUUAGGAAAGAAUGGGAGAACGCUGCGCUUCUGGUCGACGUUUGGUCUGCGCACAUGCAAUCUCUGAUCGACCGAAAAUACAAACUGUCUUCAGCAGGGCUCGCGGGCAUGAUAGCUCUCCUCCAGAGUUGUCUUAUCCGUCUAGGAAGGAGAAGAAAGAGCUCUGCCCUUGUCGUUCCUGCUACGAGAUAGCGCCUGGCCUCCAUGUGGCCGAGCCAGAAUUCCACGGGCACAGGUACGAGCCUUGUCGAGAUCUGCGACGAGCAUACGCCGCGGUUAAAUUCUCAACUACGGUCCGCUCUAAUAAAAAAUGCCGUGAUCAUGUCUUCGAAUGAGCACAUUGCCACUGGAUUGGCCCCUAAAACGGAGCCUAGAAGUGCGGUACGGUGUCGCGAGCGGGAUUGGUCAUUAAGCAUGGAGAUGAACAGCCCAUACUCGAACCAGCGGUUUGUGAGAGCCGUGCUGCUGGGGCAUGUGAUGAUGGGAUUCGAUUCCUCCUCCUUCAGCUCGAUUCUCAGUUUGGCUGCUUGCGUGACCUGUCAGCACGUUGACCCUGGUUUACUAGGGCCUCAGUGGGCUGUCGUGCAUAGGAAACCCCCCGCCCGCCCCUGCUCAGUUGCUUCGUGCGACGGAACCACUCUGAUGGUUUCCACUGCCAUCAACACAUGCAGUCUUCCCACAUUCCUGCAAUCAGCGCACUCAGUCUCUCAGAGACUGUCAAGGCACGGCAUGCGACGAAGAAGAAGGCGAAGAAGAAAGAAACCGAUCAUAACGCAGACUUCCAGUAUCGCAAUCCACGAGCAUCGAGAAGUUCGUACGAUAUGUGCCUACAAUUCAGAGCGUAGGAAGACAAUGACAUGUCGGCCACUGCGGAGGAUUCCCAUGUCCACGACAGGCGUGCGAGCGGAAAAAAUGAUAUUAAACCCCAAUUUUGGGAACAUGAGGGUUUGGAUCAUUCUUCCUGCAUCGCAGACUUUUCGGCGUGGGCGAGUUGUUUCUGAAGAGCUGUGCGUGACUUUUGUUCUUCUCUCGUGACUUGUCAGCAUCCUUCACAGCGGACGUGUCCAUCACGCGUUUACAAAUGUGGACUUGAGAUGAACCUUCGGUUAGUGAAUGCAUUUGUGAUUCAAUGAAGUCAAUUCUCCAAACGACUUUGUUGUCACCUCCUCAGAACUUGAUCAUUUGAACUCAUCAGUAAUUCAGCGUUGUAGAACUGCUCUCGUUACAAAUCAUCAAGUAAAGUGGAUGGAAAGGAGUGUUCCGACCAUCCUUAUGUCAAACAUUUCUUUUUAUUCGUUUACUGACAUGUCAAGGACAUGAACAGUGGAUCUGAUGAUGAAUAAAAAAGCGCAGGGAACUCAUCAAGGUCUAUGUGGAUGGAACCAAAAAUUUAAAUAAAUCUAGAGCCCCAACACCUUCUCUA